AUUUCAUUUGAAGUAAGAUAUAGAGAAUUUUGUUUUUCGUUAAUACGUUGACAUUCAAAAACGAGGUAUAUAAAAUAGUAAUGGCUGAUUUCGUUCUUCCUGUUGGCGCUUAAAGUGUGUUGAAUCUGAGCCGGCGUAUUGAGAAGAUAGCUCUUGUUUUGAACGACGACAUAAGGUUUUUUGAAAAAAAUGGUUAAAUCACAACCAAAGGAAGAUAAAAGUUUAACUUCCAAACACUUACUGAAUGUACCAAAGGAUGGAUUUAUACAAAAAAAUAAAAAUAAAAAAUUUAAACAAAUACCAACUGGGAAAGUUCCAUUAAUUAAUGAAUCAAAGAAGUCAAAUAGUAACAAUAUGAAAAAUAAUAUACCUCAGAAAUCUCCAGAAAAGAAUAAAGGACUGAGAAAGAAAGAUAUUGAAAAGCUACAAGAAUCUUUAAAGAAACAAAGAAAAAAUAAAAAUUUUGGGGGGGUCAAAGAGGAUGAGUCUAUCAAUGAAGGAAUUGUAUUACAGGAUAGCAUAAUUGAAAAUAGUGAUGAGAGUGAAUCAUUUGAUGAUAAUAAAAGUGAAGAGGAAAAUAUCUUACCAGAUAUUCUUGGCGCCAGUCUAGCAAAUGACAGUGAUGAGGAUGAUGAAGAUUAUGAGGAAGACAAAAAAGUACAAGUAAAUAAAGGUGUAAAAAUGUUUGAUGGAAUAAAAUCAAAUGACAGCAUUGUUUCCAGUGAAGACAAGGAUGAUUCUAUGACUGAGGAUAGUGAGGAUGAUGAUGAUGAUGAUGAUGAUUAUGACGACGAUGAUGAUGAUGAAGAAGAGGAUGAUACAGAUGAUACAGAAGAUACAGAAUCUGAGUAUGGAAGAAAGACUGAUGAAUCUUCUUUGGGUUCUCUAAAAGUACUUCUGGGAGAUAGUCUUUCUGAGGAUGAAGAUGAUGAAGACUUUGCUGACUUUGAUGAGAAUAACGAAACUGAUGAUACAAGUGAUGAAGAAGAUGAAGAAUUAAAGAAUGAAGGAUCAGAUCUUCUAAAAACACUAAUAGGUGACACUAUUAUUGAGGAUGAUAAUGAUGAUGAUGAUUUUGUUGAACCAACUGAGAAUGAUGAAGAUGAUGAUAUAAGUGAUGAAGAAGAUGAAGAACAAGAAGAAGGAGAAGUAGAAGGAAAUGGAUCAUUAAACUCUCAUGAAGAUAAGGAUUCCUCUUUAAAAGACUUUGAAGAAAAUGAACGAACAAUUUUUGUUGGUAAUCUCCCAAAAGAUGUAACAAAGAAACAGUUACAGAAGUUAUUUAAGCAGUUUGGGAAGAUUGAUGCUAUUCGUUUAAGGGGUAAAAUAUCAAAAUCCCUCAAUAUACCUAAACGAGUUGCAGCUAUCACAAAUGAUUUACACCCAAAAGUGAAAUCAGUUUAUGCAUAUAUUAGAUUUGACUCUGAAGAAUCUACUAAGAAAGCUUUGUCCAUAAAUGGAAGAAAAUUUGAAGGAAAUUAUAUAAGAGUAGACAUGUCUUCGAAAUCAAAUGACAAAUAUGAAACAAAAAAAAGUGUAUUCAUAGGAAAUUUACAUUUUAAUGUUGACGAUGACUCAGUUAGGAAUCAUUUUAAGCGAUGCGGUGAAAUAGAAUCUGUGAGAAUAAUCAGAGACAAUCAGACUGGAGUGGGCAAAGGAUUUGGAUAUGUUAACUUUAAAAGUGAAGAUGCUGUUGCAUUAGCAUUAGAACUAGAUGGCACCACAAUUUUAAAUAGAGAAGUUAGAGUAAAGCCAAGUAUUGAGAAAGAUAAAAGAACAAAAGGAAAGUGUGGAAAGAGAUAUUCUUCAGAUAAUAACCAUAAAUUUUCACAUAAAAAGUUGAAAAAUACUGUAGGCUCAUCAGUAACAAUUCGUAAUAAAGAAAACGCUGUAAAAAGAAUAACGAAAAAACAAAAUUUUGAAAGAAAAGAAACUAGCCCACAACAACAAGGAAAUAACUUUCAAGGGCAAAAAUCUGAUGUAAACAAAAAGAAAAGUAAAAACAAGUUUGACAAAAAGAAGAAACUUUUGGCUGAAAAACUUAUGGCUAAACCUAAAAAGUCAUCAAAUUAAAUAGCUGCAUAAAAAGUAUACUGCUAGCUUAAACAUUUUCGUAACAAUUCAAUCUCAAUUCAUAUAUCUUAUAUACUAGCAACAAUGAUAAAUUGCAACCUGUCAUAUCAUUGUAAAGUAAGAAAAAACAUGUAAUCAAAAAGGUUUGGCAUUUUUAAGACUGUUAUCAGUAUGUAUUUCUCAAAUGUAAAAGAGUAGAAACAAGUAUUUAAUGUUUAAUAAAAUAUUUUUAUGAA